CGCACCCCGAGCAGCACGGCGACGGAUGGCGGCGAGCAAAGCGAGAAGACGCUCCAGGGCGCCCCGCUAAGAGUCCUGCCCAGGAGAAGUUGGAAUCAAGAUGACUACAGCUGCCCCAACGCCUGAAUAUUCCCUGCCUUGGAAGAAUGUGACCACAAAGUCUCGAGAGCAAAUCCUUUAUCAGAGCUCUGGGGCAAUAGUAGCAGCGAUUGUCGUCGGCAUCAUAGUAAUAUUUACAACAGUUCUGCUCAUCCUUAAAACGUAUAACAGGCACAUGAGGACCAAACGAGAGCUGGAGCCCAAGAAUGCAAAAACCAACAUCCCCCCCGUUUUUGGACAGGACAGUAGCACCUCCGCCAGGAACAGUGCAGUGACUUUUCUCCCUAUAGACAUUCACACGCCCCAAAGAAGACUCUGAAGAGGCAGCAAGGGGAGGAAUAAUCAGCAAGAAGUGAACUCUGCAGAUUCGUGAGGAAUGGAGUGGCUCCCAUGGUCCACGUUUCAGUGGUCUGCUGGUCACCAAUUUUUUUCUUCAUAGAAGACAAAAGAUGACCUCUAGGGGCAACCAGGUUGUAGAAAUAAUAUAUAGAUAAACUUUCCAACUGCUUAUCAGAAGGGAUGGUGAGAAGCACAGCUACCAUCAUUCUUGGAAUCAAUCGUGUCCUUCAUAUUUUCUUGCUCUUUAAUUUAGGCCCCGGUUCCUAUUGUCCUGUAAGUGAAAAUGAACCUUCUGCUGGAUGGAGGUGCUGAAGACGUCAGAGGACUUAGUCUUCAUCUUGGUUGGUAGCAGAUAAUAUAGGAUCAAUAUUCUUUCAUUUUUGGGUUCUAAAAAAGCAGAAGCAACCAUUACCACCAGUUGCAACCCUCUUCUACCAAUGGUCAACUUUCAAAGUUAGGAGUUCCUUUUUUUGUUGGCAGAGUUGCUGUCUUUCCAUAGUUUAGGGCAGUAUUUCUCAACCUCGGCUGCUUUAAGAUGUGCUGGCUGGGUAUUUCUGGAAGCUGAAACCUCUUAAAUUUGCUCAAAUUGAGAAACAGUUUACCCAGGCAAGCAAAGAACUGGAUUUCGACAAUCAUGUUUUGUUAAGGUUGAUUUUAACCAGCCUCAUUUUUUUUUUGAGAAUGAGUGUGUAUUCUCCAAGUCAUUUACCUAAGUGAUAAAUGAGUUGAUAACAUUAAAUGGAUCAAAGCUAGAAUUUUAGGCUGCCUUGUCAGGACAGAAGGUAGAUGGAGACCACUAGGACAGUGAUGGCUAACCUUCUCUAGACCGAGUGCCCAAAGUGCAAGUGCAUGCCUGAACCCCCAAACUACAAUGCAUGCGGUCCUGCACAUGUGCUCCAUCUCCCAUGCAUGCACGCCCCCACACCCUACAUGCAUGCGCAUGUGCAUCCCUGCAUGUGCCCUGCCCCUGCGC